AUAAGACAAGUUAUUAUCAAAUUGUAUCAUGGUAUCGGAGCUAAGGCUCUCAAAAACCUAGCCUCUCUUUUUUCCGACCGCCGCCCACCAUGGCAGCCCCGUCGGAUCCUUUGGCGUCCUUACCCUCCGGAGUAAAACUUUUGCUUCGGAGUCUCCGUAACUUAAUCCCAGAAAAACUCACCGAAACAAAUUAUCCGGCAUGGUCUCUUAAUGUCCAGACAGCUCUUUCAGCUAAUCUCCUCCUUGGAUGGAUUGAUGGUCAUGAAGCAGCCCCGGCGCCAACUAUCUCCAAAAACGAUAAAACCGUCCCUAAUCCAGAGUAUACCUCCUGGACCAUCGUUGACACACAGAUCCGCGCCUGCCUCCUAGCGGUCAUCAGCCCCUCCGUUCACAAACAUGCUCGCGGCUUCACCACAUCUGCUGCCCUCUGGGAUGCUUUGGCCGCACGGUACAACUCCGUGUCCACCGCUCAUGUUUAUCAGCUUCGGGACAAACUCCACACUCUUCGUAAAGGUACCAAAACUAUGACACAAUACCUUGAUGAUGUGGCAACUAUUCUCUCGGAUCUCGAUGCCUUGAAAGAAGAGAUCCCUGAACGUGAUGUGGUGAAUGCUGUUAUUCGUGGUCUUCCCACCGAAUACUCAUCCUUUAAGCAAAACAUUCGCAUGAACAAUACCAAUAUUUCGUUAAAUCAGCUUUCUGGAUGGCUGAUCUCCGAAGAAAUAAACCUGGAGAUGGAGAAUAAACUCAGCCUCACNGAGUCUACCAUCACCGAACCUCGCACAACACUUCUCGCUACGAACGGUCGAGGUUUUGUCCAUACUCCUAAUGGUAAAUACCACCUUUCUACUCUUCAUUAUGUCCCUUCCCUUACCUCCAAUCUAUUGUCUGUCCAUCGAUUUACCAAAGAUAGCAACUGCACUCUUGUUUUCAAUGCCAACGAUUUCCAGAUAGUGGACAAUCCUACCAACCAGGUGCGGUACAAGGGCCUCUGUGAGCAUGGGUUAUACACACUUCCUUCCAAACUCCCAACCGUUGCGUAUCAAGCUAUCCAAGAGUCCACUUGGCAUCGUACACUCGGUCAUCCAGCUCCUGCGAUUGCCAAAUCUAUUUUAUCUUCCUUAGGUACUUUAUAUUUUAAGGGGUUGUUUGACAACUUCUGAAUAGGUAAGUGCUGAACCAGUAAGAGGUCUGAACCAUUAAGUGCUGAACCAGUAAGAGGUCUGAACCAUUAAGAGCUAGUAUAUUGCUUAACUAUUCAGAGGCAAAUGUCUGAUCAAUUCAGAUAAGAGGUCUUAACCAUUCAGACUAUGUAUAAUACUUAACCAUUCAGAGGCAAAUCUCUUAACCAUUCAGACAUAUGAACCAUUAAGAGGCUGAAACAAACAGUCUGAACCAUU